UCCCAGUCCUUGCAUCCACAGCCGCCGGUCGCCGCCCGCCGCCCGCCGUGGUCCCGCAGAGUGCGCUGCACCGAGGUGGGAGGCCCAGAAGCAGCAGCGCCCAUAGAAUGCCCAGAGGCGAGCUGUCCUGAGCUGCUGUGGUCUAGACACCUGCCCACCCACGCACGCCCACCAUGGAGUCCAGAGGGAAGUCGGCCAACAGCCCCAAGGCUGACACGAAGGCCGCUGCUGAGGCCAGAGCACCCCCGGCUGCAGAUGGGAAAGCCCCCUCAGCUAAGCCCGGGAAGAAGGAAGCCCCAGUGGAGAAGCAGGAGCCUCCAGCGGCCCCCACCCCACCACCUGCCAAGAAGACCCCAGCCAAGGCAGACCCUGCCCUUCUCAACAACCACAGCAACCUGAAGCCGGCCCCCUUGGCCCCCAGCAGCCCCAAUGCAGCCCCUGAGCCCAAGGGCCCUGGGGAUGGGGCUGAGGAGGACGAGGCCCCCAGUGGGGGUCCCGGGGGCCGAGGUCCCUGCCCUUUUGAGAACUUGACUCCCCUGCUUGUGGCUGGGGGUGUGGCUGUGGCAGCAGCAGCCCUGAUUCUUGGUGUAGCCUUCCUGGCCCGAAAAAAAUGAUGGCUGGUACCCAGGUCGGGCACAGCCACUCCUGUAUAGACUUGGGAAUCUAGUGCAUGCCAAGUUCACACACAGCUAUCUCUACACACGUAACAUGCAUACUUGUAGACCCCCAGAUUCACACAGAAGGAGAGAGAAACGGGCAGCCCUCAACCCGCCCAGCGGUGGAAACCAAGCCCGCUUGGCUGAUCGGCCCCCAGCACGUCCCCCGCCCAACCUUGGCGGAAGGCACCCAGGCGCUGGGGUUACAGAGCAGCAACAUGGGUAGAGGGCUCGGCCUGGACUGGGGCGCCUGGUGGCAGAGGAGGGAGGACCCCUGAGUGUGGCCGCCCAUCCACGGUGGACACACCCACAUGUCAGUCUGUCCUAAGAAGCCCGAGCAGUGCUGUGGGCUUCCUGGCAGCAGCGUCCUCAUGAGGCCAUCCUCCAGGGCUAGGCAGGGGCCUGGGAUGGGCUCUGACCUGGGUCCGGCCCACACAGGGACAUUAAAGGUGUGGUUGUUCUGCUGCC